AUGUCUAGGUCAUUUUCCUUUCACUCAGCCAGUCUCCGGAGAAUCCUAAGGAUAUUCUGGCCCAGACAAAUCUCCAUUGAGCAAGUACCGGAAGAGACCAAUCAGGAAAGCAUGCAAACCAUCAUCAGCAGAAGAUGGUGGAAGUGGAUUGGUCAUGUGCUCCGAAAAGAAGACACAUCUAUCACCAGAACUGCAGUACGCUGGACCCCCGAAAUGAAAACAAAGAGAGGACGUCCGAAAACAACAUGGCGCCGAACAGUGGAAAUAGAGAUGAAGGAGACAGGACAGAGUUCGGGUACCAUCGAGAGAUUGGCAAGGGAUAGGCUGGCGUGGAGGAACUUCGUCGCUGCCAUAAAUGCCACUAGACAUGGCAGGAAAUGA